GGUACUUUUUAUUAAUAUCGCGCCAACCAUCUCACCCCUAUUUGAGUCCAAGAUCACUUUUCCUAUUAUUCUCUGCCUCAAAAUGGUCAAAUUAGCUUUCUUAUAAAUGUUGAUUUUUGCCGUUAGAUUGCUUUUUGCUUUCCUUAAACUGCUUGAGGAGAAAAUUAAUCUGGACUCAAAUAGUGGGGAGGGAUACUUUGUUAUAAACAGGGAGGGAUACUUUAUUCAUCAAAAUCGAGAAUAUCGAGUUCACAUGCCAGCCAAAAUUUACAAUUCGCCCAAUUUUUAUUUAUUCUGCUAAAUCUC